AUGUCCUGCCAGCAGAGCCAGCAAUAGUGCCAGCCCCCUCCCAAGUGCACCCCCAAGUGCCCUACCAAGUGCCCCACCCCGAAAUGCCCCCGAAAGUGUCCCCCAAAGUGCCCUCCUGCCUCUUCCUGCUGCAGUGUCAGCUCUGGGGGCUGCUGUGGCCCCAGCUCUGGGGGCUGCUGUAGCUCUGGGGGAGGCGGCUGCUGCCUGAGCCACCACAGGCGUCACAGGUCCCACCGCUGCAGACGCCAGAGCUCUGACUGCUGCAGCCAGCCCUCGGGGGGCUCCAGCUGCUGUGGAGAGGGGAGUGGUCAGUCCUCUGGAGGCUUCUGCUGCUGA